AAAAAGGGGGGGUGUUGGGAAAACACGUGAAGUUGGUAACAUCCCUCUAUAUAAAUGAGGGAACUCUAAAGACUGAAAACUUAACAACAAUACUUUUCAAAUCUCUCUCAAAUAACAAAUCUAUCAGUAUAAUAGCAUUCAUAUACUCCUUUUUGUCGUCCUACUUGAAUUGCUAAGAAGAGGGAACAAUGACUUCGACCAUGACUAUGGAUGCAUGGUUAGCAGAAUUGGAAAUUGAUAUGGAUUCAAUUGAUAGUUUAAUCAACCCUUAUUACCAAAGUGUAAUGGAUAUGGAAUCAACUUUUGACGAACAACUUGCUGCUACAUUUUUCGACACGGCCUCUCCUCAAGGAGAUAUUGAGUGUGAUGUCAUUGAACAAUAUAUGUCAACCCCUCCUAUUUCCGAUCUCAGUGAAAACCACGACGAUAACAAUAACAAAAAUGACAGAGAUAACAUUGCAAGCUCCGAUGUUCAAGAGAGCCAACUGUCUAAAACUAAGCAAAAGACGAAGAAGCAAGCAGUGAGUGAUGGCCCAAAGAGGAAACGACAGCCAAGCCAAGUGCAAGAUCACAUUAUCGCCGAGAGGAAGCGCCGGGAAUUACUUAGCCAGAUGUUCAUUUCGCUCUCUGCCAUCGUUCCUGGCCUUAAGAAGAUAGAUAAAAUAUCGAUCUUAGGGGAGGCAAUCAAACAUAUGAAGGAACUUCAAGAGAAAGUAAAGGUAAUUGAAAAUGAGGUCGCAAAAAGGACUGUGGAGUCUGUGGUACUUGUCAAGGGCAUUGUAGAUGAUAAUGUCUCUUCUUCAUCGACUAUGGAGGACUAUUGUGGACACGGUAGUAGCGAUGAUGAUGGAGGUAAUAGUAAUGGUAGUGAAACAUUUUCAGAAAUUGACGUUAAAGUACUGGGGAAGACAGUUCUCUUAAGAAUCUAUUGUGAAAAAAGAAAGGAGAUAUUGGCCAAGUUAUUAGCCGAGAUAGACAAGCAUCAUUUGGUCAUUACUAAUUUUAGUGUUAUACCAUUUGAGAACUUAGCCUUAAACAUUACCAUUGUUGCGCAGAUGGAAGGGGGAUUCAAGAAGAAUGUAAGAGAUUUUGCUACAACUCUUCGUAACGCCCUUCAUUAAGCUAGCUACGUACCCGAUCGACGUUCUAUAUCGAAAGAAAUUGUAUAUUCCCCAUAGUUUAGUUAGCUAGAACUUGUUUUUAGAUUUUUGGAAUAUCUCUGUAGUUUAUUAAUUAUCUGAACUUUACUAAAUAACGGAGUAAUAAUAAGUUUAUGCAAAACAUGGCUACAUACACUUAUUAAUAAGUUAUAUGAAA